GGUUACGAAUCUGUGUAUUUCUAGAUUGUAACGUCCUCGGCAGGUACCGACGACAGCUAUCAUGGAGGCGUCGAUGGCCACCGGUCCCGCCGCAAACGCGCCCGCUAAUAGCGAGGGCAUAUUAAUAGGGGAUAAAGUGUAUUCAGAAGUCUUCCUCACCAUCGAUAAUUCUUUGAUUCCAGAGGAAAAUCUCUCCCCGACUCCGUCUAUGCAGGAUGGCCUCGACCUGUACACCGAGACAGACCUGCGGAUCCUGGGCUGCGAACUCAUCCAGUCCGCCGGAAUCCUGCUUCGACUGCCGCAGGUGGCCAUGGCGACCGGACAAGUGCUUUUUCAUCGAUUCUUCUACUCGAAGUCUUUCGUGAAACACAGUUUUGAGAUUGUUGCCAUGGCCUGUGUUAACCUGGCUUCAAAGAUUGAAGAAGCCCCUCGACGAAUUAGGGACGUCAUCAACGUGUUUCAUCAUUUAAGGCAGCUCCGAGGCAAAAGGAGUCCAAGUCCAUUGAUACUUGAUCAGAACUACAUAAACACCAAAAACCAGGUGAUAAAAGCUGAACGGCGUGUGCUGAAGGAGCUGGGCUUCUGCGUCCACGUCAAACACCCACACAAGAUUAUCGUCAUGUACCUGCAAGUCCUUGAAUGUGAGAAGAACCAAACGUUGGUCCAGACAGCCUGGAACUAUAUGAAUGACAGCCUUCGCACUAAUGUGUUUGUGAGAUUUCAAGCUGAAACCAUCGCCUGUGCCUGCAUUUACCUCGCUGCACGAGUGCUACAGAUUUCGUUACCCUCUCUGCCGCACUGGUACCUGCUGUUUGGUGCCACCGAGGAGGAGAUCAAAGAUAUAUGUGUAACCACUCUGAAGUUGUACACAAGAAAAAAGCCAAAUUAUGAAUUGCUGGAGAAGGAAGUGGACAAACGGAAAGUGGCUCUACAGGAAGCCAAACUGAAGGCCAAAGGACUGAAUCCAGAUGGCACUCCUGCUCUCUCCACAUUGGGUGGAUUCUCUCCUGGAUCCAAACCAUGUUCACCUAAUAUAUUGAAAGCAGACGAGAAGUCUCCCAACCCUCAGAUGCUUAAGGCCAUGAAGAAAGAACCUGAAGAUCGGCCUCAGGGCUCUAAGAGCCCACACAAUGGACUCAGGAAAGAUAGUAAGUUAGGUCGGAACAGUAGAAGUGCGAGUCGCUCUCGUUCCAGAACGAGAUCCCGGUCCAGAUCUCGCUCUCCCAGGCGACAUUACAAUAACAGGCGCAGUCACUCGGGCACCUACAGCUCUCGCUCCCGUAGCCGCUCUCACAGCCGCAGCCCAUCUCCGCGACGACACGCCAACCACGGCCCUCCAUCUCCCCUCCUGCCACACUUGAAGUCAAAGCAGCGCUCAGAUGACCUGCACCAGCACAGCAGACACGGCCACAAGCGGAAACGCUCACGCAGCCGCUCUCGUUCCACCAGCAAGCCCCGUGAGCGGGACAGAGAGCGCGAGAGAGAGCGGGACCGGGAUCGCGGUUCCUCUGACUUGGCGAAGAAGCACAAGCACGAGCGUAGCAGCGGAGGCCAUCACCGCGACCGACGGGAACGCUCGCGCUCGUACGAACGCUCUCACAAAAGCAAACACCACAGCAGCAGCCAUUCAAGCCACAGUCGUCACAGACGCUGAGUGUUUUCUUGUUACAUCUGCGUGACUGCGAGCGAGUUUGUGUUUGAUUAAAGUGGUCAGUGUUGACCUAGUUGUCUGUUUUUAUUUUUUUUUGAGUUCUGUGUUAUUUUGGCGGUUUAGUUUUAAAUGUUGAAAGGAUAUGAAACUACAUAUUUACAGUGUAAAGAUGGGUUCAGUGUUGAUGUAAUAUGGGAAAUGCUUUGAUUUAUAAAAGCAAUCUUUUUCAGAAGGUGGGAAAAUUACUAGUUACAUGGAAAAAUGGAAAUGUUUUCAGGAAAGACACCAAUACUUUGCACAGCUAUGGAAAUUAAUACAAAAAAAAUGUUCUACUGGCAGAAGAAAAUUGGUUUCUCUGAAAAUAGAUCAUAUUUUUUUACAACUGGAUGCAGACUUUUUUUUUUUUUUUCUUUUCUUUUUUUCUUUGAUCAUGGUGACUUUGUUACACUGGUUUUUAGUCUGCACGUCUUCAUGUCUGAUUUUUACUCAAUAAAAAGUGACUUAUUCCUACUGUCAA